AAAUGUAAGUGCGCAGGAGAGAGACACACGUGUGAACUCCCUAUAUCCAUGACAUCCUAGCGGGAGCGGUUGAAGUGCGGAAGCCCCCGUGCGCGCGUCCUGAAUGAGGCACGACAACAAGUUGAGAAGUUCGACAGAAGACGGAGCCUCGCUCGGGACUUGUUGGCCCAGGAUGCAGGGUCUGAGCUCGCGGGCUCACGCCUUCUCUGUGGAGGCGCUGGUUGGGAAAGGCUGCAAACGGAUGAAAGUGGAAAGCGAUAAGGACGAGCGACUGCUAGAAAACUUUACCGAGAAGGAGCGUAGUUCGUCGGCAGGAACCGUGAUCGCCGAUGGGGAAGAGCGGGAAAGCGAGAUGCGGAGGAAAGCGUCCCUGCUCUUACGGAAGCCCAUGGACAGCGAACAGGACCCGGAACACGACAGAGGAGUGCGCAUGGAACUCCAAGGGUCCGAUUUGUGGAACCGUUUCCAUGAGAUUGGCACCGAAAUGAUCAUCACCAAAGCUGGCAGGAGAAUGUUCCCUUCGGUGCGGGUAAAAGUCCGAAACCUGGACCCGUUCAAGCAGUAUUACAUCGCCAUGGACAUUAUGCCGGUUGACUCCAAGAGAUACAGGUAUGUAUACCAUAGUUCCCAAUGGAUGGUGGCGGGAAACACGGACCACUCGUGCAUUGCGCCUCGUCUGUACGUGCACCCUGAUUCGCCCUGCUCGGGGGAGACGUGGAUGCGUCAAGUCAUCAGCUUCGACCGCGUCAAACUUACUAACAACGAGAUGGAUGACAAAGGCCAUAUCAUCCUGCAGUCCAUGCACAGAUACAAGCCACGCGUCCAUGUGAUCGAGCAUGACCCCCGCGUGGACCUGUCCCAGAUUCCAUCUCUUCCAUCCGAGGGCGUGCACACGUUCUCCUUUCCUGAGACGCAAUUUACAACAGUGACAGCUUAUCAGAACCAACAGAUAACGAAAUUGAAGAUCGACAGGAACCCCUUUGCCAAAGGCUUCAGAGACCCGGGGAGAAACAGGGGAGUUCUGGAUGGAAUCCUGGAGUCAUAUCCAUGGAGAAACCCAAUCAGUCUCGACUUCAAGCCUUUUACGUUGGAUUUGCAAGAUGGCAGCGCUGGCUCGGUAGCGGGCUGUGCCGGCCUCUCCCGCCUGCUGCCGCCCGUGCCAUCCUCCUGCCCCCCGACCUCCUCCGGCCCCUUCGCCCUGUCCUGCGGCGACUCGGCCCUCCACGGCUUCUCCAUCCCGCUCUGCUACAAGAUCUCGCCCGCCGCCGCCACCAGCCUGCUCACGGCGCGCGCCGCCUACAGCUCCCAUGGUGCCGAGGGGCUGCGGGGUUACCAGGGCCUGCUGCGGCCCCUAGCUGCGGCCGACUUCCCUCUACUGUCCGCACUGCAUGGCAAGAAGGCAACCAGCUGUAGGGCUCAGUAUGUGCAGGGGGCCCAUACGGGGCCCCAGUCAGCAGCCUGUCUCCUACACCUGCAGGGUCUGAGGGGGUCGUCGGUCCUGGGCUCAGCACAGCACCACCUGGACCCCCUCUCCUCUUCCCUGGCCUCCUCGCCAUACGGCCUGUACGGCUGCGGCCUGCCCGUGUCGUCGCCCCAGCUCUCCUCCUCGCUGGCUCGCCACGUCAAACUGGCUAACGGAACCACUGGCAGCGCUGGGGCGCCAUCGGCGGCGACACAGACUGAGAGUCUCCUGCGCCAGGCCUCCUCGUGGCACCCGGCCAUCAACCACUGCCUCUGACAUCUGACCCUCGACGCUGCUGCUGCCGCUGCGGCCCAGGACACUGUCGUGAGGUUGUCACGACAACCAAGGAACACAAACACCCAGAGGACAGUUGACUUUCAAUAGCGUCUGGGAUGAAUAACCUUCAGGACUUCUUUUUUUAUUUCUUUAUCAUAAUCCUCACGAUCAUCAUCAUCAUCAUCGUCAUCAUCAUCAUUAUGAUGCUCCUCAUGUUGAAGGCCAGCCAAGGAGAGUUUGGCAGAAUAGACACAUUAUGUGGACUGGCAGCUCAGUUAAUCGCACACACAUUGAAGCUGAAUAUGUCAAAAAAGGGAGUAAUGUUUUCUGGCACCGGGCUUCACAAUUGUGCUCUGAAAGGGAGAGAAGAAAGUCUCCUGUGGUUUGGAGAGAGAGAGAGAGAGGGAGAAAGAGAGAGAGAGAGAGGGAGGGACAGUCUGAGACUGUGAGGUUGCAUACAGGAGUGUUGAGAAAGGUAAGUCAGCUACUUGGUAAGAUCAACGUUGAAAGCUUUUUUGUCAGUGGGAAAAUCUCACAGAUCCAUCAUUGACAGAUUGCAUAAGACGAUUUCCUGCCGUUAGGACAAUUUAAAUAUACUGUGUAUAUUUCAGGCAAAUGUUCAGUAUAUGAACUUUAUUGUUGGUGGAAUCACAGUCCUGUUCAUGAUGUUGCAAAUUUGCUAAAUGCUUUUCACAGGAUUAACAACACACAGAAGUGCAUGUGGACAAAGUCAAAGGAGAAAGGUUUCUAACUUGAAAUUAGAAAUUAAAAAUAAAAUCUGGUGUUGGCCUAGUAAAUGACCAUUCCACGCCAAUAAUACUCCUUGUUAUUUGUAAAUGUUGAUGUUGGAGAAUGUAUUCUAAUUGUUUUUAUACCCAUCAUGAAAGAGUUUUUUAAUUUGUGUUUUUCUCUGUGUAAAUGUGCAUAUAUAUUCAUGUAAAGGAGGGUGAAAGGCAUUGUUUUCUUAUAUCCACCACACUUCUUCUUCUUCUUUUUUUUAAAAAACUAAAUAGUAAUACAGGUUUGAAUGCAGUACAGUCCUGUUUUAACAAAGCCAUCUUGACAUUGGUGGACACAUAUGUGCAACAGAAAUAUGACCCGAAUCCUUGUAACAACUGUCAAAACGUUUGGGAACAUGUGUUGUCAUGUUGUUUAUACAUUUUAAACAGUUUAAAUCUCUGUUAUGAAGUAUGUUUGGAAUUCUGACCAUGGUUGGCAAAGUGCAACUGAAACACAAGGGUAUUUGUUAAACAUGGCCUUGCAGAAGCUAAAGUAUGUUGGCAUCUACCCAAAUAUUCUGUGUUAAAGCCUGCAUGGUGAUUCAAACACAGACAAGUUUACGCAGACCUUUUGCAAAUGUAUUUUGUGUAUGUCGGUACAAAUAAAGAAGAAAUUAAACAACCCCAGAUACGGUACAAACUCAUAGCACUUAAGUUUAAGACAGUUUCCAGAUUGGAGGACGGAUACUGUGUAAUGUGUUUAUAAAUGCGGCAAUAAAA